AUUACCUGUAGGUUAAAUUAGCGCAGAUGAUUGUGUUAUCUUUUGGCAAGGAAGGUGGUACGUAAUGUACGCCUAUACAUACUGACAAAGUGACAAACGCUAUACUCCAAAAACUCCAUUACUCCGUUAUAAACAUUUUUUUUAAUUAGGUACAUUGAUAUUCUAGCUUCACUUGUACAAAAUGUCUGUGAGGUUGGUUAACUGCUUGAGAACUGGCUUUGCAAGAUACGCACAAAUACAUUCCCAAUUUCAAGCAAAAUCAUUUCACUUUAAUUCAACCAAAUUAAAUGAAGCAACAGCAGAAAAUAUAAGCACUUCUGAUUCUGCUGCUGAAUCCAAACCGGAAGAUAAAAAGGGAUUAACAAAAGACAAUCCAGUUCUGGUUGCAUCAGCAACUAACAAAUGCAUUGUUGGUUGUAAUUGUGGAGCAGACGAACCAACCAUAAAGUGGUUCUUUCUAAACGAAGGAUCCACGCAAGUGUGUGACUGCGGUUUCUAUUUCAAACUGGACAAAACUGAUGAAAACCAGGCAAUACCAGAACAUGCGAGAAUUAUGACUGUAGAUGAUCAUAUGCCGGAUCCACGUUACGGUAGAAGGGGAAUGCCAUUCUUUCCUCCGAAAAAAAUGCGCUCUGCAAACUUACGUGUUCCUAAAAAUUAUGCCAAACAGUGAUUUUAUUUUCUAACUAGUCAGCUGUCAUAUUUUAUAUUUAUAUGAACUUUAAUUGUGAUCUGUAUUUGGCUCACAAGACAUGCCAUGCGUAUGGUUACUGUGCCAUGUGCUUCUCUUUUCUGAACACAGUUGUUUUUCUGUUGCCACCUUUGUGGAAAAUCUUAUAGUAAAAUGUUUCUCUUAACAAUAAUAAUUUUCCUGUUGAUCUAUAUAUACAUAUUAUAAUGCAGCUAGCCAGUGUCUUAAUGGUUGGAUUUGUUGUGGAUCUAUAGAUAGAUAUUGGGGUAAUGGGCAAAACUUGGCCUAAUCCCAGGUCCUUAACAAGAACCCCACCCCUAAAAAGAUAUACAUAUAAUAAUGCAAAUAACUACAGCCUUCAUAAUGGCACAACCAGUGAAUUCAGGAAACCAGUCCUUCCACUUCUUUUUUGCAAAUGACGGCCCAAAUAGUUUUUUUCUUGUAGUACUGUACAUAACAUCAGCUUUGUUUCACUGUUCUUGAUCAUCCGAAAAGUUAGGUUUUUCCACAUUUUAUCAUUACAGGCAUUAUUUGAAACAAAGCUUGUGAGUACUGAACACGCUAACAUUCAUAGCGGGCACAUAUACACGACAAGUUGAAUUUACCUUUGCUUACAGUCCAAUUUCAUAUUAUCGCGUAGUAUAUAAAAGUGGUACACAGUGAUAACUGUAAACUCUACAUACCAACCAAUAUAGU